CCCCGCGGGGCAGGGCCGGGGCUCGGCGGGUGCCGCUCCCGCCGGGGGGGUGAGGGCGGCGUCCCGGGGCCGCGUCCGCGACUCCUCGCACCGGCCCCGCUGUCCCAGCCGGGCCCCGCGCCCCCGCAGCAGGUGUCGGUGUGCGGGUCGCGUUGCGGGGUGGCGCCGGGCGGGAGCUCCCCGUGCCGUGAGCCCGCCGUGCCCGCGGCGCGGCGCCCGCUCGGGCGGUUCAGUCGCCGCUCUGUUGGAGGUGGUUUUCUUCCCAAAUGCUCGGUGAAAGCCUGGCGUGUGUGGGCGAGGAGGAGGCUGUGCCCGCCCUGUGUUCCCCCCUUCCUGCCGGGAAGGUGUUUGUCCUGCCGAGCGGCCCGGGGCAGGCGGCGCGGCUGCUUCCCUCAACCGAGGGUUUGGCCCGGGAGAGGGAUAGGAGCGUUUUCUUGCUCACCAGCGGGAACUAGACUCAGAUCAGAAGCUGUUAAUAUUCGCGCCUCUUUGAAAUCUUGACCUUUUCAGUCAAUAAUUUGGGGCAAAACGGCCUUGUUACCUUACCUGUUCCGUCAGCCAGUGUGUUUCUUAAAACUACGUUUAUCCGUGGCUGCUCGCAUACCGAGGUUUUUCCCGCACCUCCUAACCACGGUGUUGGCCCCUCGGAGCCUGCCUGGCACGGGGAUGUUUUGCCUCUGGAAGCCCUGCGUGUGGAGGACCCACGCUGCGAAGGCUCGCUGGCGCGUUCGGUUUGUCGUGCUUUGCCUUUCAGCUGCGCGAAGGCUGGCUCCUGCACCAGCCACGAGGCAAAAUCGGAGCUGGCGGUGGCUUUGAGUGUCGCAGCCCAUAGGACCUUGAUGAAGGACUUUCACCUGGGGACUUCCCUAGUCCUGAUGUUUUGUACAUAAUAGUUGCCAUUACUGAAGAUUCUUAAGGCCAGAUAAUCAACCUACUGACGAAUAACCAUGAAAGAGACGAGGUAGCUGCCCAAGUGCGAGAUAAGAACUGAUUUCAAUGGAUACAAAAUAUAAAGACGAUUUAUUUAGGAAGUAUGUACAGUUCCACGAAUGCAAACUGAAUGCCUCUGACAACAAGCAGAGUCCCAUUAACGAUGAGUAUUUGCGAGUGGCAGCGGCAGCCUUACUUUGCCUUCCCAAAAUUGAUCCCUUUUAUAGAUUCCGGUUGAUAAAAUUUUACGAGAUGGCUGAAAACUCACUGAGAUCUGUGAAAUCCUCAAGUUUACAUUCUCUCCAUAAUGCGUUCAGCAUGCUCGAGACGGUUGGAAUUAACCUCUUUCUCUACCCCUGGAAAAAGGAGUUCAAAAAUAUUAAGACCUACACUGGACCCUUUGUUUAUUAUGUAAAGUCUGCUCUAACUGAAGAUGAUGUGAGGCAGAUUUUGAACUACAUGGGCUAUGUCCAAGAACUGGGAACAAUGUAUAAGCUCAAAGAGCAGGUUGAUGCCAUUCAAGUGAAAAUGGUUUCAUUUGAACUCUUUCUGGCCAAAGUGGAAUGUGAGCAGCUUCUUGAAAUUCACCUGCAAGUGAAGGAAAAAGGCUAUUCAGAGAUUGAUGUCAUAAAUGAACGGAAAAAUAGCAAUGAAGAUGUUAGAGGCUGCUCAGAAGCCAUGAAACGGCGUGCAGAGUGCAAAGAGAACUUAAACACUUCCAUGGCACGAAUGGUACUCCAGAAAUCGGCGAGUGAACGGGCCUCUAAAGAUUACUUCAAGCCAAAGGUGAGCAAGCCUUCUAAAUCAGUGGACACAUAUGAUAAUUAUUGGGAAAGUAAGAAACCACCUUUGAUGAGCUCGCUGAGUCUCAGGAAAGAACCGAUUUUAGUUGACACAGAAGAUGACAUUAAAGAUGAAAUUAUCCGUCCGUCACCCUCUCUUCUGACGAUGUCAAGCUCCCCACAUGGGUGUUCAGACGAAUUCUUGCCAACUUCGUCUCAUCACAAUGGCAUGCUAAGAACAAAUGUCCCUUACAGCUCCUAUUUUUCUGCUCAAGAGGACUUAGAUUUAUAUACUGAUCCUGAUUCUAGAAGUAUGUUAAAUUUUAAAAGGCAAGAAGCUAUUAAGCCCGAUGUAUGGCUGUUAAAAAACGAUGCCAACCCCGUUUACCACAAACGUACCCACCUAGCCAAAGAGACAGCUUCCCUCAAGUGCCAAAACUGUGGCGUACCUUGUGGCACUUCUGUUUGCCAAAAGUGUGACAAUCUAUUCAACUCUAGGCAGGAAUACCCGGCGGUGAAACAGAGCGCCUAUUCAAUCAAACCACUUCCAAAUGAUGGCUUGUCUCCUGCGUCUGGUUUAAGGGAGAAAUCUCAGUACACAUCACAGACUCAGAGUCAAGAGAGAGCUGCUCAGUUCAGUUCAAAAUCCAAACCUUCAGGCACCUCGCGCUGCGGCUUUUGUAACCGAUCUGGAGCUGCAAACACUUGCACGUUUUGCUCAAAAGUCUCAUGUGACACUUGCCUCAAUGCUUACUAUUACGAUCCCUGCUGUAGAAAAAGCGAGAUUCACAGAUUCAUGCCUAACAAUCAGUUAAACUAUAAAUCGUCCCAGCUGUCCCAUGUAGUUUAUAGAUAGACUUGAUUAGUCUGUUUUGGAGGGGAAGGAAAGGGGGAGGAGGGGAAAGGGCUAUCCUAACUAAUGUACUGACUCCACUGAUAGGAAAAUACACUGACCUCUUACAAAAAUGACACGUCCAAAAAUUUGGAACUAUGGUUCAGUGAUCAGGUGCCAGUUCUUGAUUUUUGUGGCUUCACAGAUGCUGCAGAUACAUUAGAUUUCAUGCUGCUAUAAUUUAGGUAACUCCUAAAUGAUCAUUACUUUUCAAUUUAAAUGGGGGAGAAGAGCACAUUUUUCUUUAAAACUUGGCAGCUGUUGCAUUUUAGAAAAGUGACAUCGUAUCUUUCUAUUGCAUUGCAGUCAUCUUCUUGCCCAAAUAAAACCACGCAAGGCUUGAAAAUAAAGUCUGAAAAUUUAACAUUCUCGUUUCCUAUAAGCGAUGAAGCUACUGCCGGUUUUUGAUAAAGUUUGACUUUAAAAUGUGCAAGAAAUAUGUGAAUGGCUUGUUUUGCCAACAAGGACUAUUUUUUGAAGCGUGUCUGCAUCUCUUGAUCUCCAAAAUGCAAACACCACAGCAUCUCUUCCUUUUGUCUUUACGUUUCUUCCUUCUCCCCUUAUCUCCCGGUUGUUUAUCUCAAGCUUAUAUAAUCUGAAUCUGGACAAUACGUGCUUUAUUUUCUGGUGUUGCCAAUAUCAUCCUACUGGUUUCUACUUCAUGGUAUUUUAAGAAGGUGAAGCUGUAUUCAUGUCACUUAAAUUAUGCCUAGGGUAUUGUCCUUCCAGAUGAGUACUAAUUUUCUUUACUUUCUGUUGCACAUGUAUUGAGUACUGUUCUUUGUACUGUAAAUAGGUAAUUUGGAAACAGUUUAUUUUUAAUAAAUAUUUAAUAUGUUGAGUUCUUAAAAGUGGUAAAAUCAUUAUAACUAUGAAGUCUCUCUGGGUUAUCUGUUCAGGUGACUUUUUGUUUUUUCUUGUACUGUAUUUCAUAGCUUAUUAUAGUCACUGUGGCAGACUGAUGUUCUUGGCUCUGAUCAAUUUUUGGUUUUUAAUCUACCAUUUUUUUCCCCUCUGAUAAGGCUACGACCAGUCUAAGUGGAGUCUUGUCUCAGAAUUGCAGGAUUUUGGUUCUCAGUGCACGCUUUUCCUUUGUGGUUAUGGAAAUUGUAAGUAUAAAUGUUACGCUUGCUU